AGGUUCUGCGCCAUGAGGAAUUUGAAGAAGGCUGCAAAGCUGCGUGUAAUGGAUUAGGAAGAGCUGAAUAGAAGAGCUGAAUAGAGAAAGGAUGGAGAAGAAUAGAACUUCUAUGUCUUCCCAUGCUCCCAAUACCCCCAUGGCUUCAGCAAGUUCAUCAAAUCUUGUUCAAUAGCUUUUACAUGGAUCAAUAGCACAUAUUCUCCAGUAACUCCUCUUCUCAAUAGCCUUAUGAUGGGAAAUGGAGUAAAACAAUGGUGGGAUUUGGACCUGAGGAUGAUCAUUUUGUUGCAGAACUGACAUACAAUUAUGGCAUUGGAGACUACAAGCUUGGCAAUGACUUCAUGGGAAUCACACUGGCUUCUAGCCAGGCUGUCAGCAACGCCAGGAAGCUGCAGUGGCCACUCAGUGAAGUCACAGAAGGAGUUUUUGAAACUGAGGCCCCAGGAGGAUAUAAGUUCUAUUUGCAGGAUCGCAGUCUACCUCAUUCAGAUCCUGUAUUAAAAGUAACUCUAGCAGUAUCUGAUCUUCAGAAGUCCUUGAACUACUGGUCUAAUCUAUUGGGAAUGAAAAUUUAUGAACAAGAUGAGGAGAAGCAAAGGGCUUUACUAGGCUAUGCUGAUAACCAGUGUAAGUUGGAGCUACAGGGCAUCAAGAGUGCAGUUGAUCAUGCAACAGCCUUUGGAAGAAUUGCUUUUUCUUGUCCCAAGAAAGAGUUACCAGACUUAGAAAACUUGAUGAAAAGGGAGAACCAGUCAAUCCUGACUCCCCUAGUGAGUCUGGAUACUCCAGGAAAGGCAACAGUGCAAGUGGUCAUUCUGGCUGACCCUGAUGGACAUGAAAUUUGCUUCGUUGGGGAUGAAGCUUUUCGAGACCUUUCUAAGAUGGAUCCAAAGGGAAGCAAAUUGCUGGAUGAUGCAAUGGCAGCAGAUAAAAGCGAUGAGUGGUUUGCUACAAGAAAUAAACCAAAGGCUUCAGGUUGAUGGAAAAUAUAUGAAUAAUCACUUGUGAUUCCUGUCCAACAUCUGUGAGGCCUGAUGUGUCUGUUUACAAUAAAUGCUCCUACAACUUGUUGUGUCCUGCAUAGGCAAGGACAACGAUGUGGUAAAGAUUUGUGUCUUUUAAUCUUUAAAACUCUGAUAUAUUUUUGAAAUGAAAGCCAAUUUUCAUUACCCUUGGUAGAAGAGAACUCUUACUGUGUGUAACUGUAUUAGAUUAGUAACAAAUCAUUGUCCAGACUGAGACUAACUCUGGAAUACCCUAGAUUAGAGAUAGAGGAAAAUUUGAUGAGAAGUGAAUAAAUUUUAUUGAAACAGUUGUUCAAAUAAAUCCAAACCAGUUGCUUA